AUGGAGGGGGGGCAGGACGCGCCCGGGGGGGGCGCUCAGCCACUCGACCGCGUCACCACCUACUUCUUCAUCGACAACAUCCUCAGGCCAGACUUUGGUCGCAGGAAGGAGGGCGCAGCAGCAGGAGGAGGAGGUGGAGGAGUUUCGGCAGAGUCCUCGGGUCGCAAGGACGACGGAGAUGAAGAGGAACGGGGGGAGGAGGAGGAGGAGGUGGUGGUUGUGGUCGAGGAGGAAGGGGAAGAAGAGGAGAGGUCUGCGCUGAGCCGUUGUCCAGAGCGGGUCACGGCGGGACCCGAGGAGCAGCGAGCCGAGGAGGGGGAGGGAGGGGUGGCCGCGGAGGGCGCGGCCGCCGAGGCCCGCCGGCAGCAGCAGCUGAUGUGGCCCGCGUGGGUUUACUGCACGCGGUACUCGGACAGACCGUCUUCGGGUCCCCGCACGCGCAAGAGCAAAAAGAAGGGAGGAGGCGGCGGCGGUGGCGGUGGAGGAGGUGGAGCAGCAGCAGCAGCAGGAGUAGGUGGAGCAGGGGGAGGAGGUGGAGGUGGUGGUGGAGGUGGUGGUGGAGGCGACGCUCGUGAGGACAAGAGGCCGCGCACGGCCUUCACGGGCGAGCAGCUGUGCCGCUUGCGCGCCGAGUUCCAGGCGUCGCGCUACCUCACGGAGGAGCGGCGCACGGCGCUGGCGCGCGAGCUGCGGCUGAACGAGGCGCAGAUCAAGAUCUGGUUCCAGAACAAGCGCGCCAAGAUCAAGAAGGCGAGCGGCGUGAAGAACGCCCUCGCACUCUACCUCAUGGCGCAGGGCCUCUACAACCACUCCACCGGGGGUGCUGGAGGUGGUGGUGGUGGUGCUGGAGGUGGCGCUGGAGGUGGUGGAGGUGGUGUUGGUGGUGCUGGUGCUGGAGGUGGUGGUGGUACUGGAGGUGAUGAUGCUGGAGGUGGUAGUGGAGGUGGUUGCGGUGGUGGUGAUUCAACCAUCUCGCAGCAGCAGCAGCAGCAGCAGCGGCAGGAGAAGCAGCAGCAGCAGCAGGGUGAAGGAUGCAGCGGGGAGCUGGGAGAGGAGGGAACCCCGGAGCCGGGAGAUGGACGUGAGAGCGCGUGAAGCAGGGGAGAGUUCGGGGAGAUGGGGAGAGAGCGGGCGGCUGGCUGCGUGAGUCUGCCACUCGCUGCGCCUCACCCACGUGUCUGUGUGCGUGUCUGUGGUGUGUCUAUGGUGUGUCUGUGUGCGUGUGUCUGUGUGCGUGUCUGUGUGUGUGUGCGUGUCUGUCCUCGUGUCCGUGUGUAUGCCUGUAGUGUGUGUGUGUCUGUGUGCGUGUCUGUGUGUGUGCCAGUGGUGUGUCUGUGUGUAUGCCUGUGGUGUGUCUGUGUGUGUGUUUGUGUGUCUGUGUGCGUGUCUGUCCUCUUGUCCGUGUGUGUGCCUGUGGUGUGUCUGUGGUGUGUUUCUGUGUGUGUGUCUGUGUGCGUGUCUGUGUGUAUGCCUGUGGUGUGUCUGUGUGUGUGUUUGUGUAGAGAGUAGAAACUCGCCUUCGUAUUCGCCCGCGUGUAUUCGUUCGAAUGCGUCUGUGCGUGUGUUCUGUGUAUGUACGUGUGUAUGAGUGUAGGUGUGCGUUAGCCUUGUGUGUGUGUACGCGUGUAGUGGUUAGCGCUACGCCGCGCUACAUACCCGGCGGCCCGAGUUUGAUUCCCAUUCACGGCCAACACCGGUGACGGUUAUAUGAACCGGUUCCGGGCCUCCUCUAGGUCGACUCAGCAUCAAAUGAGUACCUGGUGCGGUGUGUAAACAUUGCCACUGGGGAGACAAAGGCGGCCGGGUGUGGUGUUGGCCACCCCCU